GUAAUGAUGGAUGAGAUGAAGAUCCGUCUCACUGACAUGCUCAUCAUGGUGUGUCCGGGUGACGGCUCCCGAGGGGACAACAUCAUCCGGGACCUUGGGCCCGGACUGCGGGUCACCCUGCAUCGCCCACUGGCUGUACGGCAGGCGGCAGGUACGGCAGCAGCAGCUGACGUCAGCGGUGGUGGUGGUAGCGGUACGACACCACCGCUUCCGCCGCUGCAUGCCGCUGUGUCGGUGCCCCAGCUGGCUGCCGUGAUUAGCGAAGUGGAGUACCGCAGGCUGCUUGCGGUGCUGUCUGGGAACUUCUCUGAGACGGUGCCGAGUGACCCACGGGUCGCGGAGCUGCACCAGCGGCUGCUGCGCCACGCGACGGCCGCAGCUAGCAGUCCGCCGCCACCUGCUGCUGCUGCUGCGGCGGCGGCCCCUCCACAAGCAGCAGACGUUCCCAACCCCGCAGCCACUCCACAGCCAACACCACAACACCCCCAUCAGCAGCCCCAUCAUCAUCACCCGCAUCACCCCCGUCCGCCGCCGCUACUUGAUUUCACCCUCUGCUUGCGGUCCGUGCUAGC